UCCAAUUUGUAAAAUUUUCUUGCUUUUAUAAAGUUUUACUUAUCAUGGUAGUUACAGACAGGAAGGACUCUGAAGAAGAGUCCUCAGUUUUGUUCCAGCUGUUUAACUUUGUGGCGUAAAGGGACUGCGCCACUAUCUGUCUGUAUUUUUCAAGGGAUCAGUCUAGUAAAUGUUUUGGAUUUUUUUUUAACAUACUUAACAGCUUGCUCCCAUAGCAUAAUAGUUGAUGGAAGGACAUGCAUACAUUUACAGGAAGGCAUUAUGCUUAAGCUUGACUGGGAAGUUGCCCUCUUCUGUGAACGAGGGGAGUGGAAAACAUAGCAAAGGAGAACAGUGCAUGAAAGAGAGAGCAAGGGAGGAAGAAUGAAGGGUGGGAGGAACAUCAAGAAAUUAAAAUGCCAUAUUUUCUUUCUGAAAGUAAAAAAGGGAAAAUAAUUGAGAGAUCAAAAUAGGAAAUUAAAAUUGAGGAGCUAUAAUUUCAUUAUCAUACUCUUUUGAGAGUCAUAGAGCAAGAGAACAGAUUUAUUUGUACUGCUUCCCUUUUUUUCUGAUACCUGUUUUGCUUGCAUUUCUUUGAAGGACGUUUCUGCUGAUUAUUAAGUUGUUUGUGCAUGUAUAUUCAGCUUCCACUUGAGCAAACAAAACUGUAUUUUCCCAUUUCCUUCUUGCCCUGUGGCCCUAGACACAAAGUGUAAAACAACUAUAGCUAUGCCCUAGUUUAUUAUUGCUGACUUGCUCCAAGAAGAAAAGCUUGCACUUAGUGUCUCUAUACAUUAUGCAGUUUUUAUUCCUUUAAGACAACAGUUGUAUCUUGAGUACACUGGCUUUAACAAAUAUAUAGCUAUACAUAAUGUUGUUGGAAUAUGUAACUUGUCACUGGGACCACAGUGUAUAGGACAGUACCCAAGUAUUACAGAUUCAAAACUUUGUGUUGGGGCAUGGAAAUCAUUUUGACCCAAGUGAACACGAAGUGCUCUCACUCCCUCAGGAAAGUAUGUAUUAUAAGCAACUCUAAAUUGCUUCUUUUCAGAAAUAACACAAAUUUCUAGAAAGAUUCAAAUUUUUCCUCCUCCAAGUGCUUCCUUUGCAGUGAAAGAGGACAGUUGUUUUCCAUUAUUGUUCAUGAUACUCCCCUUCAUACAGAUCUGGAAAUAAACUGAUAAUGUGUGCAAUUUCAGAUUUAUUUCUCUGCUAUUGAUGUCAGGCUCAACAAUUCUCCUGACGCUAUAGUUUGACUGGUUUUUAAUUUACUGCCUUGUUCUAUACUGCAGGAAUGGUUAUGCUUUCUUGCAAGUACCAUGAAGAAGGAAAUACUGUAACCAAUUUUAUUUGUAUGUGGAGGACAGUUUGUGCAGUUUAGUAGAUUGUCCUUGGUGGGUAGCCAGACACCCAUCCAGCUGCUCUCUCACUCCCCCUCCUCAACAGGACUGCAGGAGAAAAUAGGAUGAAAAAGCUCAUGGGUCAGCAUAAGAGCAGGGAAAUUGCUCACCAGUUGCUGUGUCAGGCAAAACAAACUUAACCUGGGGAAAAUCGGUUUAUUGCCAGUUGAAAUUGAGUUCAAUGUUGAGAGACAAGGAGAAAAACUACAGCAAUACCCUGCCACCUUUUCCCCAGGCUCGACUCUUCUAUCUCCCACUUCCUAAGCACUAGAGAGGGAUGGGGAAUGAGGGGUACCAGUUCAUAGCAGUUCUUAUCUGCCUCUCUUUCUUCCUCACACUUGUCCCUGCUCCAGCAUGUGUCCUCUGAAUGGGCUGCAGUGCCUGUCAGGAGAACCUGCACCAGCAUGGCUUCUCCACACGCUGCUGUUCCUUCAGGCAAUAUCCACCUGCUCUGACCUGAUCCUGUCCACAGGCUGCAGGGAGAUUCCACCUUGUAUUGUAGUCUCUUCUAUGGAGUGUAGGGAAGUACCUGCUCCACCAUGGUCUCUUCCAGACCUUCCAUGGGCUGCCGGGAAAUCGCUGCUCCAGUGAUUGGAGCACUUUCUUCCCUUUGUUCUUUUCUGACCUUGGUAUUUGCAUGGCUAUUUCUCACACUUGUUGUUUCCUACUGUGCCUGUGUGGCAUUUUUUUGCCCUUUCUUAAAUAUGUUCUCCCGGAGGUGCUACCAGUGUGGCUUAAGAAUGCAGCUGUGUCCUAUGGUGGGUCCUCUGGGGCCGGCCAGUGCUGGCUGUGUCUGGCAUGGGGCAGGCCCUGGCACCUCCUGGCCACCCCUGCUGCCCCACUACCAAAACAUUGCCCUAUAAACUCAAGAAAUGCAGGCAGAUUUUAUUUGCCAAAAUUCAUCUAGUUUUGAAGACUACUUUAAGAACCAGAAAAGGGAUGGUUCUUCUACCGUUUCAUACAGUGUUUGGGGGCUUUAUGUUGGCUCUUAAUUUUUACAAGAAUUCUUACUUGGCCAGAUUUUUUUUAACUAAACUGUUUACUUUGGUGCUUCCUUGUUCCUCUUGCAAACAUGUUUGCAAACAUGGUUGCAAACAUGGUAUGUUAUGUACAUCUGUGUUCAUGUGUCUGUCCUGUAUUUUCCUCACAUACUUGGUCAUGAGGCUGACCUCGGUAACAUUUACUAUUUAAAGAUGCGUUUUUUUAAAAACGUUGUGGCAAUGCAGAAUGUGCAUCCCUGUCUUUUAUUUCAAAAUACUUCUGAAAGGAUUGUUUCUAUGAUCAGAUGAAUUCACCUGUUUUAAGCAAAACCAGAAAACUAGAAUUAUGACCCUUUAAGUAUAAGCAUUUGACUGCUUUAUUUUUUUUUAAGAAAAGUUGAUGUCGUUUUUAGUUGCUGUUCAAACAUACUGAUGAAGAACAUUCACAGUCCAAGAUUACUGGGAAGUUCAGCACCUGUCAAUAUUCCAGGCUCUCUUGUUCGUUCCUCCUCUUUGCAUUCAUCAUCAUCCCUUUCAGCCUCUCCACUCAGUUCUCUUUCACAGUCGCUGUCUCAGUCUUUUGUUUCAUCCACUGUGGCUCCUCAGCCUCUGAAGACAGAACACAGUAUGUUAGGUACCUCGGCCUCUUCUCACAACUCUUUAGGUUUAAAUGGGGUUACAGGGAGCAUUUGGGACUUCGUAGCUGGGGGCUUCUCCCCUACUCCAUCCCCAGUACUGAGCAGCGGCCCUGGCCCCUCAAUAAGUUCAAACACCAGUGGAAAUGAGCUAACUCGAGUAAGACAGGAACUUGAUGAUGCCAAGAGAAAGCUAAAACAAUGGGAAGAAUCUUGGCAGCAAGUAAAACAGGCAUGUGAUGCAUGGCAAAAAGAGGCUCAAGAAGCAAAAGAACGUGCUGACAUUGCAGAUGCAGACAAACAGCUCGCUCUUCAGAAGAAGCAGGAAGUGGAAAAUAAGUUAAAAAAGCUGAAGGUGCAAUUGGCUGUUUGUCUAUCUACUACAUUACCUUAUAUGAAAAAUGAUGGAGAUACAGAGAAGAUAUCCUUGCCAAAGCUUCGUUCCUUACAGAAUCGACUGCACUUAGAUUUAGAAACACUAGAUGAGGUGAUUUUUCAGCUUCAGUCAAAGAAGUGUAUUGUAUGUCAGGAAGGUGAUCGUACCAUUAUCCUGAACCCGUGUCAACAUUAUGUACUUUGUGAUCACUGUGUAGCUGCACAAGAAGAAUGUCCCUGCUGCAAGAAAAAAAAUAAUCUGUGGUAACAUAAAGGCAUAGUACUUUUGUUGUGUUCAUGAAUUAAAUAAUUUUAUGCUUUUGUAUUUUGUAAAGGAAUCAUAUCACUCAUGAUCAAUCCAUUUGAUAGUGCUAGACUGAUUUCCAUUUUGAUGUGAGAAAUGUGGUUGCUUUAAGGUAGAGAAUAAGGCUUGCUCACCUUUGCAUAUCAAUUUCAGUCUUGUUCAUCUCCCCUCCUCCAACUCUCAUCACAGCCUUUCUGACUUCCACUUACAUUCUUAGUGCACAAGCUGCGUAGGUUCAUUUGCACUGUAAUCACUUUGCAUAACUGUUGCCAUAAUACUUAAAUUGAGUGUUUAUUUUCAUUACAAGAAGAUGGAUGCAUAGAUAACUACAUACUCAACAGAACAAAUAGUCCCUUUGCCUUGUCUCUUGUGUGUGGAAUGCCAGAGCCAGUAUUUUGGAAUCAGUCUAACACUAUGUUUACUUGGAUGCUUGAAUAACUGAUUAAUAUAAAAGCGCUUUUUAAUUAUUGUGUUUUGUUAGACAAUAUGUUAUAAAUUGCUUCAAGCUGCUUUCCAGGUCUAAAGUUUAUUUUUUAAUAUGCAAUAAUAUGUCAUGUUAUAUGUGUACUGUGAACUUCAAAUAUUUCACUUGAUUUUACUGUUAAAUCACAAAAUGACAACUUAUCUAAUUUUUUACCAUUUAUGAGUUAACUGCAUACUGUAGGAUCCUUCAGUGUGGAUGUUUGUAGUCUUUAAGUUUUUGUACAUCUCCUAACCUGUGUGGUACAGAUCAGGAGCAGAUAUGAUAUAUAUAAUACUACCAAGUGCCUAUGCCCAAUAUCCUAUAAAAUGGCAGCAGACAUUAAAAAAAUUGCAAAUAAUUUCUGUUGCUUAAUUUUGUAUUGAACAGUUUGACAGUAACUAGACUGUCUCUUGCUUUUAUGAAUAUUUCAAAAUACACUUUUUCAGUAAUGAAAUAAUGCGUGUUUGAAAGGAACUAGAAAAUUAUUUAAGUAUAUAAUCAGGCAGUGGCACUUUGACACAGUGAUUGUUUUAAAAGGUAGUAGUAUCCUUACUUUGGGAACUUGGUUGGGAACAUGCAAUUUAGGAGGAGAAGUUAAUUACUGCAUGGGAACACUGUAUAUUUUUACUUACAUGAAAUAAUUGCCUGCAUUACUCAUUUUUCUCUUAAAUUCAGGUGUGACACUUAAUACAACUUAUAUUUAAAUGACCUACUACUGUGUUACAUGAUUUGUAUCUCUGUAUGACCAUAUUCAGUACAAGAAGCUGAGUUCACACAGGCAGCAAGGGUUAAUCUAUUCAAAGUUCAGUCAUGCUAAAACAAAAAACAAGGGGUUUACAGAAACUAUUAUUGUUGAGCUUUUAGAACUCUGUUGGCAACAGUAAAGGGCCCAAGCCAAUAGUACUGAAAUCACCAUCUCCUUUGGUUUUUAUCAUUCUGUGUGUGAAGGUUUGAGUUGGCAAAAACUCAUGACAUGCUUUCUGUGAGAACAAAUUUGUCCUUGUGUCUCUGAGACAUGUUGAUCUGCAGGAAUGUUGGAGGCCUUUUGGAAGGGAGAAGUAGGAUAAAAUAUUAAAAUACAUUUCUGCUUACUUCUGUUUCAAAAUUUUGUCUGAAGAUCACUUUAAAGUUGGGUUUAAUACUGUGAUUUUGUUGACUUUAACAGUUUCUCUAAACUGUUGGACUUGAAAGUUGCUUUUUCAAAAACAUUUUUCUGUCCUGAAGCAAGAUACUGCCGGUUUAAACGGGACUUGGUUACCAAGUUUGGCUGUAGGUAUUAAUGUAUUUUUUGCAUCUGUGCAGUCUAUGACAAAGACUGAUUUUUGAACCUUAACAGCAUUUUGAACUAAAGCAAAUUCACUUAUAUAAGGGUUGCUUACAUAAGUUAAAGAAUAUGCAUAGUUAGAGUUUGAAAAUAUGUUAUGUAUUUUUUUGAACAGACAGUUAUUUUGGACACAGGUUAACUAUAUUUAUCUAGUGUGGAACAGGAUUCUGCAACCAUUGUGCUCACAAAAACAUUUGGAAAUAUAGUGAAAAAUUAUGCUUUGGUAUUUUAGAAGAAAACAGCUUUAGGCCACUUUUAUCUUGUCCCUAUGUGAUACUUGUUACCCACUAAAUAAGGAAAUGUAGUUUUGUGCUAAUUUGUCAAAAUUUAACAUUCAUCAUGUUUAUUUUAGUGCGUUUGCCUAUGUCCUAGGACUAUUUUUGGUCUCUCUUUUUUUUUUUUUUUUUUUUUUUUGUACUAAUAGGUGAUUUUCCUAAUCUCAUGACACAAAAAAUGUAAUGUAAGCAACACUUGCAAUGUGAAUAAUCACAUUGACAUUUAUAGUUUAUAUGCUCUACAUUUUAAAGGAAAUUGACUAAUAUGUGUAGUUCGUUGCUUUUUGUUGUCUGUCUUAUGUUUUACAAUGAUGAAUCUUGAAAAUAAUUGUAUGUGUCAUCAGUACUGAAAGUUUUGCAAGUGUUCCCAUUUAAGUUUCUUUGGUGCUGAAUUACAGACAUUUAAAAAUUAUUGAUAAGCCAUUUUGUGGAGAAGAAAAAAAAUCAUACCAAAGACAUACCUAUGUGUGAAAUUCCCUGACUGGGCAGCUUGCUGUAAUUGUAGAUGGAUGAGUCCUUGGGUGAUCACUUGAACCCUGCAUAAUGAUACAUAGCAGUCAUAUGAAAAGAAUACACUUGUUCUUCACGUAUUUUUUUUAAUGAGGAAUUACAAGCAAAGUUUUCUGUAUCUUAUUAAAACAGGUCAACUGCAAAUACAAAUAAUUAUGUACUUUUACACCAGUACUUUAAAAUGGAAGAUAGGAAAAUACAUGCAGUUGACUAGAGAUGACUGUUUGGAAGAAGUCUGAAGUGAAAACUGACCUUUGUAAGCAUUCAUAUUUGCACUUACAUACACUAUCUAGAAACUGGAUACAUUAAAAUUAUAUUUUAGCAAGACUACAGUAUGGUAAUUUCCUAAAUUUGAUAAAUACGUAAAAGCAAACUAAAUAGAUUUUCAAGAUUCAUUUUGAUGUUUGACAAAGUUCUGUGUUAAUUUAUGUAAGAAUAUAUAUUUUUUAAUGUGAAUGCCAUUAUGUAGUCACAAUUAUUUUAUAGCCUGGGGAAUAAUAGAUUAAAAUUGUGAUUUCUCAGGGUUUUUACAGUUAGGAGCUGUAAUUUAACCAGAAGUAUGCUAAUUACAGUUAGAUUCCCAAGCUACAUGUUGCAGGCUUAGUGUUAGUCUUCUUUGAAUAGCAGAUUAUUAGACAUACUUGUUUUGUUCUAUAUUGCUGUUCACAGUAUCCUAGUAUUAAAUAUAGGUAUUGAUAUUAUUACUGUCACACUAUGCUUGUGUAAUUGUGGUCAUAAUUGGGCCCUAAAUAAAUAUGGAAUUUCUACUCAUAUUAAUUUAUGGAAGCUGUUAAUGUUUUGAGUGUACAAAAAUAAAUGAUUUUGUGAAUGAAAUUGUUCUUAAUACAAAACAUUAUUUAUAAUGCAUUUCUCAUUUACUUGAAGUGAACUGUUUAAAAUUGUUAACACUUGUUAAAACUUUUCUACACUAUGGCAUUUAUGCAAUGGUUUACAGAAGUCAUGGAAUUAUUUUUCUUACCAACAUGGAAAUAAAAUUUUGAUCUUUAUUUCUGAA